UUAAAAGAAGAAGAUUUCCGCGCGGUUCUUUUUCACUGCUUAUGUUCUGCACCAGGACAGUUUCAGAGCAAGCCAAGUUUAGAGAGGAAAGCGUGUAAAAUGACGGGUGUGUUCGAGUCUCCGAAGACCAGAAUAAACGCGUCGAUGCUCCCGCAGUUCGUGUCCCGGGCCGUGUGCUUCACAGGAAGUGUGGAGAAGGUCCAUCCAAGUGGCAAAUCAUUCACGUUGACAGACGGAGAGGGAAAGAGCGCAUCUGUGGAACUCAAUAAUCCGCUGGAAGAGGAGCUGAGCGGAAUAGUGGAGGUAAUCGGAAUGGUGUCCAAUAAAGGAACCAUCAUGGCUGCAACGUACAUCAUGUUCAGAGAGGAGAAGGGAAUCUCAUUCGAUUUGGAGCUGUAUAACGAGGCCCUGAAAGUCCUUCACGAUUUUCCGCAGUAUUACCCGUUCCAGGUGUCAUCGAGCGGAUAAAACAAGGCAAAAGAACAAAACUGCGCCAUUUCUCUGUCUCUGUGAUUUUUUUUUUUUUUUCCUCUUUGUGUCUGUACUUAUUUUUCUCUUGUAAAUAAUCUAAAACCGUUGACAGCUGAAACCUUGAGUUUGGGUCUUAAAAAAAAAAAAUAAAGUCUCAUUGUGCAGCCA